AUGGCUCCAACAUUCACCAAUUCCAACGGUCAACCUAUUCCAGAACCAUUUGCUACUCAGAGAGUCGGCAAACAUGGUCCUUUGUUAUUGCAAGAUGUUCAUUUAAUUGACUCCUUGGCUCAUUUUGACAGAGAGAGAAUCCCCGAAAGAGUUGUCCAUGCUAAAGGUUCGGGUGCUUUUGGUGUUUUUGAAGUUACUGAUGAUAUCACCGAUAUUUGUUCUUCAGCCUUUUUAGAUACUAUUGGUAAGAAGACAAGAACCGUUACAAGGUUUUCAACAGUUGGUGGUGAAGCCGGAUCAGCUGACUCUGCAAGAGAUCCAAGAGGUUUUGCUACUAAAUUCUAUACUGAAGAAGGUAAUUUGGACUUUGUUUACAAUAAUACUCCAGUUUUCUUCAUUAGGGAUCCAUCAAAAUUCCCACAUUUUAUUCACACUCAAAAGAGAAACCCAGAAACUCACUUGAAAGAUCCAAAUAUGUUUUGGGACUAUUUAACUUCAAAUGAAGAAUCGCUUCACCAAGUUAUGAUUUUGUUUUCAGACAGAGGUACCCCUGCUUCAUAUAGAGAAAUGCACGGUUUCUCUGGUCACACUUAUAAGUGGUCAAACAAGAAGGGAGAAUGGUUUUAUGUUCAAGUUCAUCUUAUUAGUGACCAGGGUAUCAGAAAUUUGACUAAUGAAGAAGCUGGCCAAUUGGCUGGUUCUAACCCUGAUUUUGCCCAAGAAGAUUUGUUCAAGAAUAUAGCUGCUGGUAAUUAUCCAUCAUGGACUGCUUAUGUUCAAGUUAUGACUGAAGAACAAGCUAAAAAAGUUCCAUUUUCAGUAUUUGACUUGACCAAAGUCUGGCCUCACAAGGAUUUCCCAUUGAGAAGAUUUGGUAAAUUAACAUUGAAUGAAAACCCAAAAAAUUAUUUCCAGGAUGUUGAACAAGUUGCCUUUUCACCAGCUAAUACUGUUCCUUACCAGGAACCAUCAGCUGAUCCAGUCUUGCAAUCAAGAUUGUUUUCUUACACUGAUACUCAAAGAUAUAGAUUGGGUACCAACUAUACCCAAAUUCCAGUUAACUGUCCAGUGACUGGUGCUGUUUUCAAUCCACACAUGAGAGAUGGUUCAAUGAGUGUCAAUGGAAACUUGGGUAGCUGGCCAAACUAUUUGGCUUCAGACAAACCACUUAACUUUAGAGCUUAUUCUCUUCAAGAAGACCAAGAAGUUUGGGAAGGUGCAGCAACUCCAUUCCACUGGAAAGCUAUUCCAGAAGAUGCAAAACAACCUGCUGCAUUAUGGGAAGUCUUGGGUAGAUAUCCAAACCAACAACAACAUUUGGCACACAAUGUUGCAGUUCACGUAGCUGGAGCCGAUGCUAGUAUUCAGGAUAAAGUGUUUGCAUACUUUGGUAAAGCUAGUCCAGAAUUGGAGAAGUUGAUUAAGAAGGAAGUCCUUGAAUUAAGUCCCAGAAAAUAA